UUAAUGUUUAUCGAUGAUAUGUUUCGUUUGGUUAUUUCCGCUAAUUAUCGGCGAGCCGGAAAUUAAGAAAAAUAAAUACGUACCUAUACAUACAAUACGUUGUUAUGAAAUUGAAAUAUCUGCAAACGUUGGUAGAGCCGGAGAAUGGACCGUCUCAAGUACUCGCUGCCGCAUGGUCGCCAAACAACCAAAAACUAGCGGUGUGCAACAACGAUCGCGUGGUAUUGUUGUUCGACGAGAACGGCGUGAAAAGGGACAAGUUUCCCACAAAGCCUGUGGAGCAUGGGGCCGGUCGCAAAAGUUAUACGGUCAAGGGUUUGGCAUUUUCGCCGGAUUCAUCGAAAAUAGCUGUGGGACAGACCGACAACAUGGUGUUCGUGUACAAAAUCGGCGACAGUUGGGGAGCCAAAAAAGUGAUAUGUAAUAAAUUCGGCACUAAGUCUCCAGUGACCUGCGUGCUGUGGAUGUCCGAGGGACCGAUAAUUUACGGGCAAUUAGACGGCAAGAUACGAGCCGCCCACUGCAAAACUAAUAAAUCUCAAACCCUUUACGCCACCGGUUCGUACGUCGUAUCACUUGCUUCCAACGCUAGGGGAACUGCUUUUAUAUCCGGUCACGCUGAUGGUUCAAUUGUAAGAUACACGAUCAAUGAGGGAUCCACGAAUGAACAACAAGGAUGCAUCGUCGUACAUCCGGUUCCGCCGUACGCAUUGUGCUGGGCUUCCGGAUACAUAAUUGCGGCUGGUUGUGAUUUUACUGUUCAGUUUUAUGACCAAAACGGACGGUCCAGUAGACAAUUCGAUUACUCACCGACUGGUGGAUGCCCGGAUCAAAAAGAAUCUACUGUAGCCUGCUGCAGCCCUAGCGGACAAGCGGUUGUCGUUGGUAGUUUCAAUAGAUUGCGUUUGUACUCGUGGAGUCCAUCCAAGUUAAUAUGGGAAGAAGAGAAAACUAUGGACGUUCCCAACUUGUAUACCGUUUCGACUUUGGCAUGGAAGAAAGACGGCUCGCGUUUGGUCUGCGGUGCGCUCUGUGGCGGCAUGUACCUAUUCGAAUCGGUGAUCAAGAGAACGGUAUGGAAAAACAAAUUUGAAAUGACUUACGUGGGACCGAGUCAGGUUUUGGUGAAAUCGCUUAGCGCCGAAGACGACCAUCAAUCACAGCAUGGCGUUAUACUCAAGUCACAAUACGGUCACGAAAUAGAAGAUGUCCGUGUAAUGGGCGAGGAUCGAUACCUAAUAGGACGAACCAGAGACACGUUACUUUUGGGCGAUAUGGAAAGAAAUUUGCUAAGUGAAAUCGUUUGGCCUUAUUCCGAGAGAAACGAGAAGUUUUACUUUGAAAAUCCAAGUGUAUGUAUGGUUUUCAACAGUGGAGAACUGACCCUUGUCGAGUACGGCAACGAUCAAAUUUUGGCGACGGUCCGAACCGAAUUCGUAAAUCCUCAUUUGAUCAGCGUACGGUUGAACGAACGGAAACAAUUCAAUUCCAACGAGGACAAUAAAAAGCUGGCCUACUUACUGGACCUAAAGACAAUUUGUAUUGUGGACUUAGUAAUAGGUGUAGUAGACUUGCAAAUCGGGCAUGGGUCGAAAAUUGAUUGGCUCGAAUUAAAUGAGACCGGACACAAGUUAUUGUACAGAGACAAAAGUGCGACUCUUACACUUUUGGACGCCCGAACAGGUCACAAAGAGAUUUUGUUGAACGGCUGCUCUUUUGUACAGUGGGUGAUCGGUAGUGACGUCGUUGUGGCGCAAGGACGGCACGGAGCUUGUGUGUGGUACAACAUUGACACACCAGACAGGGUAACCGUACUGACAGUAACCGGAGAAGUGACAUCCGUUGACAGGGCAUUUGGCAAAACCACAAUUUAUAGCCAAGACGGCGAAAGACAAUGCACAUACGACCUCGACGAACGGCUUGUCGAAUUUGGUACGGCUGUGCACGACAGUGACUUUGGUCGAGCAAUAUUAUACUUAGAAAGCUUAGAAGACAGCGAUGAUCAUCAGUACGAGGUGGAUGGCAUGUGGCAGAACCUAGCCGACAUUGGACUUCAACUCAUGAACUUAACCGUGGCCGCAAGAUGUUAUGCCGGUGUUGGAGACCACUGUAAGGCUUGGUAUUUGCAAGAAACAAACAAACUCGCCGAAAAGUACUCAAAAGAAAACAACUGCGACGGAAUGGAAUGCCCUGAAGUUUGGGCGCGCAUAGCACUGCUCAAUGGACAAUUGCAAGCAGCCGAAGUAAUUUACCUGGAACAAAACGAAGUAGACAAAGCCAUUCAAAUGUACUUAUCAUUGCACAAAUGGGAAAAUGCCAUACGUUUGGCUGAGUUAAAAAAUCGACCGGAUGUAAACGAUUUGAAAUCUCGGUAUCAUCUUUGGCUACUAGAGACGCAUCAGGAAGAAAGAGCGGCUGAAAUUAAAGAAAUGGAAGGUGACAAGAGGCCUGCCCUUGAACUGUACAUGAAAGCCGGUCUCUUUAGCCGAGCAGCUAAGCUAGUACAAGAUGACCCGGACCUCAUGGCAGACGAAUAUGUAAUAGAAAACGUGUUAUCAGGAUUACUGCGCUUGAAAAACUAUCACGUCGCUGGAGAACUUUGCCAAUCACAAGGAAAGCCUGAAAAAGCAAUAGAGUUUUACUGUAAAGGAAAUAUAUACAUAAAAGCUGUGGAAUUAGCUAGAUUUGUUUCUCCUGCUGAGGUGGUAACGUUGGAAGAAAAAUGGGGUGAUUACUUAGUGUCACAAAAGCAACAGGAUGCGGCUAUAUCUCAUUAUAUUGAAGCUGGGAAUACGGUUAAGGCGUUAGAGGCUGCAAUAGGCGCCAAACAAUGGAAGAAGGCGAUGCAAAUUAUGCAGGUGAUCGAAGACAAAUCGCUAGUGACCAAGUACGGGGCUCAUUUAGCAAAUCAUUUUAAAAGUGUCAACGAUGUCAAAACAGCUGAAAAACUGUACAUGGAGUGUGGCAUGUACAAAGAGGUCAUACAGCUCCAUUUGGAAGCUGGUAACUGGGAGAGAGCGCAUAAGUUGGUGAAAAACAAUCCGGCGUUGGCCGACUUGAACGUGGAUCUGGAAGCAUAUGGUAAAACUUUAGAGAACACAGGUCGCCUUAAGGAAGCGGAAAAACUUUAUGUGGCACUAGACAAAGUAGAUCUAGCCAUUAGCAUGUACAAAAACUUCCACAGAUACGAUGAGAUGAUGACGUUGGUCAGCAAAUACCACAGUGAUUUAGUGAGCACCACCUUUGUGCAUUUGGCUCAAGAAUGUGAAACUCAAGGAAACUACAGGGCGGCCGAAAAUCACUACGUCCAAGCCGGCGAAUGGAAGUUGGCUGUAAAAAUGUACCGGUCGUUGGACAUGUGGGAAGAAGCCUACAAGAUUGCAAAAAACAACGGUGGGGAACGUGCAGCUGAGCAAGUGGCAUUUUUGUGGGCUAAAUCUUUGGGUGGCGAGUCCGCUGUCAAGUUACUCAACCGCCUGGGCCUAUUGAACGAAUGCAUCGACCACGCCAAUGACAGCUAUCAGUUUGAUUUUGCGUUUGAAUUGGCUCGGUCAGGCAACGCUGAACGUUUAGCCGACGUCCAUUACAAAUACGCCCUCGUGCUCGAAGAUGAUGGGAAGUUUCAAGAGGCGGAAGUUCAUUUCGUAGCCGGUUUUAAACCAAAAGAAGCCGUUUUGAUGUAUACACACAAUCAAGACUGGGACAAUGCCGAACGAGUUGCCGAACAACAUGACAAGACUUCUAUAACCGAUGUGCUAAUGUCACGCGCAAAAAUUGAAUUUGAAGCCGCUAAUUAUCCAAAGUUUGAAGCUUUAUUGUUACGUUGUCACAAUCCGGAGCUCAUUGUAAAGCAAUAUCAGGAGAAAGGGAUGUGGGUGGAGGCGCUCAAGUCGUGCCGUGAAUACUUGCCGGCGAAAUUGGACAAGAUGCAAGAGGAAUACGACAGAGAGUGUGGAGCUCGGGUGACCAGAGACAUAAACAGUCUAUUCGUACAGGCCAGCCAAUGGGAACAGAACGGAGAAUUCAAAACAGCCGUCGACUGUCUACUCAAAGUCACUUCGAAUAACUGUAAGGACGAUCGGAUUAUUUUGAAAACGCUCAACGAAGCGACGCGGCUGACAUUAAAGUAUUUGGACGGCGAUGAGUGCACUGAUGCGGCCAAAAAUUUAGGACCUCGUUUGAUGGAUUAUGAAGAGUAUUUGCUGGCCGCCAAAGUUUUUGUGUGCGCGGAUAUGAUGAAAGAGGCGAUAGAUGCUUUUAUUGCGGGUGACUAUUGGUCAAAAGCAAGAAAACUCGCGUCGGAACUUGAUUCUUCAUUUGAGAGGUAUGUAUCGGAAUGUUACAAAGAUUAUUUGAAGAGAGAAGGUAAACCCGAACAGUUGUUGGCCGACAUGGACGCGGAGGAAGCACUAGACAUGCUGUCGGCACAGGGCAAGUGGUCAAAGUGUUUAGACAUUGCUCGGCCACACGGACAAGUCGUACUCCACAAAUACGUUGCUCUUUACGCUACCGACUUACUUAGGGAGGGUAAAGUGUUUGACGCGCUAAACCUAUACACUCAACAAGAAGUUCCCGCUUUCCCUCAGAACUUCAACAUUUAUAGGCGUAUAGCGUUGGACAUGUUUUGCAAAAGAGAGAUGGACAAACCUGAAUGCUACGAUUAUUGGGCCAAGCUUAGGGACAUGUUCUACACAUUGAUGGAGAGCACCAAGCAAACGGAUCCGGAUUGCGGUAAAGAAUUUGAAAAAUACAUGUUUAUAUCCCAUUUGUACGGUAUGCGAUGCGCUUUCAGUCCGAUUUCGUCACUAAGCGCUUUGGUGGUGAAACAUUUGGUAGCUCUUUUGAGAUACACGGACGUGAUACCCGCCGACAAGGCAUACUACGAAGCCGGAGUGGCCGCACAGGACGGAAAACGGUUUGCGGAAGCGUUUGUGUUCUUGAACCAUUAUUUGGAUAUAACGGACGCCAUAGCGGAAGGGCAAAACGAAAUGGUCGACGACACAGACUUGCAAGGGACUGAUUUCCCUACCAACGUGCCGCUGCCCCAAUCGCUGUAUGUAUUGGCCGACAAGCACGAGCAAGUCAGAGAAUGGAUCUUGACCAACGCCAUGGAUCGAGAUACACAUCAGAGUUUGCCGUUGGACCAAAGACAACUGUAUCCGUCGAAUUUAACAGCUCCUGAUGGCAGCGUAUAUCCUACUUGUGUAAUAUCCGGAUGGCCGGUUAUAGACGUAAAAAAGAGUUUGGCGAUCACUUUCGAAAGUGGUAAAAUGGCCGUUAAAGACGACUGGACCAAAGUGAUGACGGUAUCAAAAACUAUUCAAUCAUCUAGUAUAAAACAGAUAUUAGAAUUUAUCGGCAAGUGGUGUGGCCCUCCGGUGCAACAGUAUUCGUUUCACUAAUUUGCAACAUCAUUAUCAUCAUUGGAACGUUGAUAAAAUUAACGAUGAAACACAUAGCUACUAAUAUUGUCAUCGUCCCAUAAUGACAUAAUUGAUUUUUUUUUUAAAUUUUUUAUAUUUUGUGUAGUAAUUCAAUCUAAACAUAAU